UUCACACUCAAUAAGAUAAGAUGGAUUCGCUUAUAGUGUCUUUGCCACACUUUGACUUUUGUUCUAAUUCCAUGUUCUUCUUGCUUCAUUCCAAACUAAGAAAGCUUCCCUUAAAUGCUGCAGGUGUACCUUUGAAUUGGCGCGUUUUUCGGUAACCAUGGAUUGUUGAGGACAGGAAACUGACACUGAAUGGGAGGACCAAGAUACCAAAAUUCGUAUCUUGCCUUUGUUCUGUCAUCAGUUCAGCUUCAGCUCUAGCUUCAUGGGGAGUUGUUUUUCUAUUCAAGUUACUGUUGAUGGUCAAACGCUGAAUCGUAUCUUUAGAUGCUUAUGUGGUAAAGGUUAUAUCCGAACCCUCAAGAAGAAUCUCAGAGCUCUGCAGAGGGAAAUGGAAGAUCUCAGAGCAAUUGAAGAUGAGGUGCAGAACAAAGUAGCCAGAGAAGAGAGGCUGCAUCAACAAAGGCUUAAAUCUGUCCAGGUAUGGCUUACCCGUGUCGAUAACAUUGAUUCACAAAUCAAAAAUUUGCUUAGUACAAGUUCUGUUCAGCUUCAGAAGUUGUGUCUCUGUGGUUUAUAUUCCAAAACCGUAUGUUCAAGCUACAGUUAUGGGAAAAGGGUAUUCUUGUUGUUGGAAGAGGUUAAACAACUUAUAUCAGAGAGUAAUUUUGAUGUCGUUGCUGAGCCAGCACCGAGAUCUGAAGUGGAGGAGAGGCCUACACAGCCUACGGUUGGUCAGGAAUUAAUACUCAAAAAGGCAUGGAACCACCUUGUUGAAGAUGGAGUCGGAAUCAUGGGUCUGCACGGUAUGGGCGGUGUUGGGAAAACAACACUCUUCAAAAAAAUUCAUAAUAAGUUUGCUGAAAUGGCUGGUAAGUUUGAUGUUGUGAUCUGGGUUGUGGUAUCUCAAGGCGUAAAGACUUCUAAGCUUCAAGAUGAUAUUGCACAAAAGCUACACCUUUGUGACGAGGUGUGGAUGAACAAAAAUGAAGGUGAUAAGGCCGCAGAGAUGCACAGAGUUCUAAAGAAGAAGAGAUUUGUUUUGAUGCUAGAUGACAUAUGGGAGAAAGUGGAUUUAGAAGCCAUUGGAGUUCCGUAUCCUACAAGAGAAAAUGGAUGCAAAGUAGCAUUCACCACCCGUUCUCAAGAAGUAUGUGGGCGGAUGGGGGAUCAUGAACCAAUGCAAGUCAAGUGUUUGGAACGAGAUGAAGCAUGGGAACUGUUUAAAAACAAGGUCGGGGACGAUACAUUAAGAAGAGAUCCCCUCAUUGUGGCACUUGCCAGAAAGGUCGCUGAAAAAUGUCGCGGUCUACCACUUGCGCUCAAUGUCAUUGGUGAGACAAUGGCGUCUAAAACUACGGUACAAGAAUGGGAGAAUGCAGUCGAUGUUUUGGUUAGUUCUGCUGCUGAGUUUUCUGACAUGGAAGAUAAAAUUCUUCCAGUUCUGAAGUACAGCUAUGAUAGCUUGGUGGAUAAACAUAUCAAGUCGUGUUUCCUGUAUUGUGCUUUAUUUCCAGAAGAUAAAACAAUAGAUAAAGAAGAGUUGAUAGACUAUUGGAUAUGUGAGGGAUACAUCGGGGAAUGCCAGGUUAUAAAAAGAUCGAUGAAUAAGGGUUAUGAGAUACUCGGGACCCUUAUCCGUUCAAAUUUACUAACGGAAGUUGGUACACAUGAUGUUGUGAUGCAUGAUGUGGUUCGCGAAAUGGCUCUGUGGAUUACCUCAUGUUUUGGGAAACAGAAAGAGACUUUUAUCGUGCAAGCAAACGUCGGAUUAAUAAAAAUACCUAAAGUAAAGGAUUGGGGAGUUGUGAGAAAGAUGUCAUUAAUGAAUAAUAGCAUUGAAGAGAUAACAUGCAGUUUCAACUGUCCUGAGCUUACCACUUUGUUCCUCCAGUAUAAUAAUUUGAAGAAUCUCUCAGGAGAAUUCCUCCUGUCUAUGCAAAAGCUUGUGGUUUUGGAUCUAUGUGGUAAUUCCAGUUUUAAGAAAUUUCCGGAACAGAUAUCGGGGCUGGUCUCGUUGCAGUUUUUGGACUUGUCACAUACUAGUAUAGUGCAACUGCCUGUUGGCUUCCAAGAGUUGAAAAGGCUAACUCACCUGAAUUUGACUUCUACAAAGAGACUUGGUAGUAUGGUUGGGAUAUCAAAUUUGAGGAGUUUAAAGAUUUUGAAACUACUGAAUUCUAAAGUUCAUGGAGAUGUUAGCUUAUUGAAGGAGCUGCAGUGCUUAGAGCAUCUACAAACACUCACCAUAACGAUAUCUACAGAGUUGGGUUUGGAACAAAUAUUAGGCGAUCAAAGGUUGGCGAACUGCAUAACUAGUCUGGAUAUUAGUGAUUUUCGAAAAAAGCCAUUCGACAUAUCAUUGCUGGUGAGUAUGAAGAAUCUUAAUGAGCUCUGGGUGGUAAGUUGUCAUGUCGCGGAGAUUAAUACAUCUAUGAAGUGCAGAGAAAUGGAGAGGGACUCAUCUGAUUUACAGAACACGACAUGUCCAUGCUUCACCAACCUCUCCAUUGUGCGUAUAAUUAAUUGCCAUAGCAUGAAAGAUCUGACUUGGUUAUUGUUUGCUCCAAAUCUUGUCUACCUAGACGUUACAUUUGCUGGAGAAGUGGAUGAAAUUAUAAACAAAGAGAAAGCAAUCAACUUCACAGGUAUUACUAUUACACCAUUUCAGAACCUACAAGUGUUAUCAUUGACAAAUUUACCUAAGCUGGAGAAUAUCUACUGGAGUCCUCUCCCCUUUCCAUCUUUGAGGCGGAUAAGUGCAAUAGGUUGUUCAAAGCUUCGAAAGCUUCCCUUAAAUGCUACAAGUGUCCCACGCAGUGACGAGUUUUCAAUAGCAAUGCUUCCUCCGAAACAACAAGAUUACCUUGAAUGGGAGGAUGAAGAUACCAAAAAUCGUUUCUUGCCUUCAUUCAGUCAGUGGCGGCGUUAGGUCUAAACAUCUUUUUACUGUGAGUCUGGAUUCGUCACUGGCUAAAAUCAGAAACCACGCUUCUUCUUUUGUUGCUUUCAUUUUCUUUUUGUAGAGGGAGGGUGUUGUCCAUUUGAAUUGUAUUAUUGCUUCUGAUUUACAUUCUGAUCCUUCAGACUACAUCUAGAUGAAAAGUUGUGGUUUUGCUAUAUCAUGCAGAUAUUGAUAAAAAGUAAUGAUUUUGCUAAAUUAUGAACAUCUGAUGUGAAUC